AUGUUUGGUACCAUGGAUUCUUGGCUAAUUUAUAAGUUGACCGGAGAACGCGUUACUGAUGUUGCAAAUGCCAGUUGGACUUCGUAUAUGUUAAUUAAACGUUCUCUCAAUGGAAUAUCAAUAUCGGGUUGUUUAGGUGACCAACAAGCUGCUAUGUUAGGUGAGUGCUGUUUUGAACCAGUAAAACAAAAUGUACCUAUUGUACAGGAUGUAUUCUGGCCCUCAGAUUCAGUACCAGGAACAGAUGGUGCCAUAUUUGUAUUUUGUUUUACCGGUCAUAUUUGGACUCAACGACAUGUGACAUCAUUCUUCAAGCUCUUUUCACAUAAUUGA